GAUACGUGUCGAUUCUGGUUGUGUUUUUAGGGAAAAUAUUGGAAUAUUCAAAGAUUCCAGGGCAAGUAUGACAUUGGACUUCGUCACAGAAGCAGACGAGAAGUUUUUUGCCGACAACUUGUUGUCACUGGACGAUUGGGGGGCAGAUGUGAAACAUCUAGGCAAUCUUACUGGAGAGGAAUUGUUAAAAGAAAUACCAGAUAUACAGAUUCCUAAUCUUGUUGAUGAUUGUAGUCCAUUUUAUGAUACUGGCAGCAAUGAUGCCUUCAGUACUGGUACUGAUUUCAGUGGAGAACCCUGGGAAUCCCCAAAUUACUCUGAUGAUUUGAUAAAUGGUGUGAUGAUAAAAAAUGAACCAUUAUCUCCAUCAAGUUCCUCCUGCUCUGACUUAUCCAGUGACUUGCCUUCUUUCAACUUGCAAUCCACUGAGUUUGAAGCAUUUAGUAAACCCUUUGAUAUGGGGUUAGAUUCUCCCCCUAUGACACCACCAAGAGAAGACCAGUGUAUAUCACCAUUAUCUACAACAUCACUGAUCACAGCCACCACUACCACAGUGCCAAAUAGUGUUACUGUAUUAUCCAAACCUGUCACAAGCCGACCACCUAUAUUGCCAAAACUAGAACCAGGUGUACCCACAAGAAAUGGAGUAAUACAAAUAACACAGCCUCAGACGAUAACAGUGAAGCAAGUACCAGUUACAGUGUCAUCACAGUCUAUUAUCGUAAGCCAAGGGAAUGCUGUGAACGCACUGCCACAAAAUGUAAAUGUUGUCAAUUACCAACCACCAGUGAAACAAAGUAAAUUAUGUACAGGAAGUAAUGGUGUUAGUGUUCCACUUACUACCGUACCACCAAACAACGUUGAUUUAAAAGCUUGGAAAAGACAGCAAAGAAUGAUAAAGAACAGAGAGUCAGCAUGCUUAUCAAGACGAAAAAAAAAAGAGUAUCUCCAAGGUUUAGAAGGUCAACUCCACGAAUCGGAAUCACAGAAUGAAAAACUUCGAACAGAAAAUGAACUUUUGAGGAAGCGGAUACUUGCACUACAGAGUGAAAAUGAAAAACUUAGGAAGUCACAAUCACCUCUUGCUCAAACCAACAAAAAAGCAGCAUGUUUACUUGCAGUAUUGUUUUUUAUGGCGGUUAAUAUUGCCCCCUUUAGUUUACUUAGUUCAAGCAUUGAAAAUACAUCAGAGUACCUCACAUCAAGUCAACAUGGAAGAGCACUGCUUUCAUUUGACGAUGAUGUAGUUCAUAACAUCUUAGUGAAAAACAACACAGUUAUUGGAGACAUCAUCAGGUUCAUUCCGGAAUUGACAAACGACAAUGGUAGUUAUUUUGACAUAGACAGGAAAGACCUGAUGGUUUUAAAGGAUCAACCAUCUCUUGGGGUCACUAAUAAAUUGGAACUGUGUCCUAUGUUUAACACGACGGAUACAUCCAGAUUGGUCGAUGAACUGACAGGAUGGGUGCAUGGCCAUGAAGCGAAGCAACAAGAGAAGUUACAACAAGAUAAAAAGGAUGAGAUUAGAGGAAAGUUGUUCAAAAAGAGACAAAAAUCAAAGCCUGUGAAAUCCCAAUCCAGACUAUCAAACCCCCCAUUGCCGGAGCCAGAUAGAUACGUAGAUGAAACAUCAUUACAAGUCUUUGAUUCAUUAUUUGAGAGAACUUAUACUAAUUUCUUAGAAGCAUUAAACAGAAGAGAUGACACUUUCUAUGUAGUGUCCUUCAGAAAGGAUCAUUUACUGCUUCCCGCUACAGCACAUAAUUCAACUCGCAGACCUAAAAUGACACUGAUAGUGCCAGCUAUUGGAAUGAAUGACACAGUUUUGAAAACUCCACAUCAACACUUCUCAAUGAUGCAGAUAGACUGUGAAGUAAUGAAUACUCGAGUGGUGCACGUGAAAAACGGCGACGAGACCACUGCAUUCCAUGAUGUCAAUAUUGAAGAACGUCACAAUAAUCACACAGACAGCAUGCUAACACAGAAAGGUGCCAAACUGCAACGAGACAGACCACGCAACAAAUCACCAUGAUAUUCAUAUUAUUGUUUUCAAGGGUUUGAAACGCACACAAUUUCAAGGUCAGAAU